UAGCAAGCCCUUUUGCUGAAAAGCUUCAAUUUUUUCACACAAUUGAGCUGUAAUCUCAAAUGGGUUUUUUCUAAAAUCCAGAAAUGAUGUAAAUUUUUCUCUUGAAUUUGUGUUUUUCUAGUGAAAAUCUGAAAAGGGUUAGUUUCUUUUUUACAUUUGAAUGGAGAUUUACUCAUUACUAGUUGUAUUGCUCUGUUUCUUGGCUGCUUUAGCUGCUGCCACUGAGUUUGAUUCUGGGACUUUAACUCUUAGUAGUUUGAAGCUUUUAGGCGAUGCCCAUUUGGGGAAUAAUACUAUUAAGUUGACACGUGACCUUGCUGUUCCAAAUUCCGGUGCCGGAAAAGUUUUGUAUUCUAAACCAGUAAAGUUCCGGCAGCCGGGUCUUGAUUUUCCGGCGAGUUUCUCUACGUUUUUCUCGUUUUCUGUUAGUAAUUUGAAUCCUUCAUCGAUUGGAGGUGGAUUGGCUUUUGUUAUCACACCGGAUGAUGAGUCGGUUGGUGAUUCCGGUGGGUAUUUGGGGAUUUUGGAUGCAGAAGGAGGGCAAAAUGGGAAUUUUGGAGUUGAAUUUGAUACACUUGUGGAUGUUGAAUUUAAAGAUAUUAAUGGAAAUCAUGUGGGGUUAGAUUUAAAUUCAAUGAUUUCAACUCAGGUUGGUGAUCUUGAUUCUAUUGGUGUUGAUCUAAAAAGUGGUGAUUUGGUUAAUUCUUGGAUUGAUUAUUUUGGUUCUACAAAAAAAUUGAAUCUUUAUGUUUCAUAUUCUAAUCUUAAGCCAAAAGAACCAUUUUUAUCUGUUACAAUUGAUCUUUCUGAAUAUGUAAAUGAUUUCAUGUUUGUGGGGUUUUCUGGUUCAACACAAGGGAGUACAGAGAUUCAUAGUAUUGAAUAUUGGAGUUUCACUUCAUCAUUUGAUACAAAUCCUAAAUCUCCCCCGGAAGCGGGGGCGGAGCAGCCUCCGCCCCCGCCAACGGCUAGUUUGAUGAACCCCACGGCGGAUGUAACUACAUCCGCCACAUCGCCUCCUCCGGAGCAGCAGAUUGCUCCAGCGGAAGCGAAUGGUACUGCUAAUGCAGUACAGAAAAACAGCAGCAAAUGUCAUAAUAGUUUUUGUAAGCAAGGUGCUGGUGCUGUUGUUGGGGUUGUUACUGCUGGAGCAUUCUUUCUAGCUUUUGCUACAUUGGUACUUAUUUGGUUGUAUUCGAAAAAAUUCAAGAAUGUGAAGACUUCAGAGUCUAUGUUGCCUUCUGAUAUUAUCAAAAUGCCAAAGGAAUUUAGCUAUAAGGAGCUUAAAAUCGCGACGAAAGGGUUUGAUUCUACUAGGAUAAUAGGGCAUGGUGCAUUUGGUACUGUCUAUAAAGGGAUUUUGUCUGAGACUGGUGACAUUGUUGCGGUAAAGAGGUGUAGUCAUAAUGGACAAGGGAAAGCUGAGUUCUUUUCUGAAUUGUCGAUAAUCGGAACACUUAGACAUAGAAAUCUUGUUAGGCUACAAGGAUGGUGUCAUGAGAAAGGUGAAAUCUUGUUAGUUUAUGAUUUGAUGCCAAAUGGUAGUCUUGACAAGGCGUUAUUCGAGUCCAGAAUGAUCCUCUCGUGGCAACACAGGCAAAAAAUCUUGUUAGGUGUUGCUUCUGCAUUAGCAUAUUUACAUCAAGAAUGCGAAAACCAGGUGAUACAUAGGGAUAUCAAGAGUAGUAACAUUAUGUUGGAUGAAGGGUUCAAUGCAAAGUUAGGAGAUUUUGGAUUAGCACGACAAAUCGAACACGACAAGUCCCCCGAUGCAACGGUAGCAGCCGGUACAAUGGGGUAUUUGGCACCAGAAUACUUGUUGACAGGUAGAGCAACUGAGAAAACUGAUGUGUUUAGUUAUGGGGCAGUGGUUCUUGAAGUGGCAAGUGGGAGGAGGCCAAUUGAGAAAGAAACAACAACUAGUGGUGUUGGAUUAAACAGCAAUUUGGUUGAAUGGGUGUGGGGAUUACACAAAGAUGGGAGUUUACUAUCAGCAGUUGAUUCAAAAUUGAAUCUUGAAUUUGAUGAAAAAGAAAUGACAAGAGUGUUGUUAGUUGGUUUGGCUUGUUCACAUCCUGACCCUAUAGCUAGGCCAACAAUGAGGGGGGUGGUACAAAUGUUAGUAGGUGAGGCUGAAGUACCUAUUGUACCAAGGGCUAAACCAUCAAUGAGUUUUAGCACAUCUCAUUUGUUAAUGACAUUGCAAGAUAGUGUUUCUGACUUGAAUGGUAUGAUCACACUUUCAACUUCUUCAUCAGAAAACAGUUUCAAUGGUGUUGGUGGACAUGAUGGCAUGGACCUAGUUUAGUUCAAAAAUCAAGAAAGGAGCUUUGGAUGGUUUCACUUUUUGUCAUCUUUUUGUUUUGUUGUUUGGGGUGUGAGCCCUUAUUAGCGCAGAAU